AUGACUAAUAUCACUUUGGGCAAAGGAAACUUUGGAGUGGUUCUGCUGGGAAAACUCCGUAAGAACUGCUCUGUCGAGGUGGCGGUAAAGAUCUUGGAUACAACACGGCUAUCACGCCGACUUAGUCGAACUAUCUCCAAAGCCAACGAUAUAGAAGAAGAGGUGGCAAUAAUGCUCCAGAUUGAUCAUCCUAAUUGUGUCCAUCUUGUGGAUUGGAUUGAAGCUGGCAAAACAGCAUAUAUCGUCAUGGAAAAAGUAGACGGUGGUGAACUUUUUGGCAGAAUCAUCGAUCCCAAGUGGAAUGGAAUGGUAUGUUGUCUUUGA